AUGGACAUGGGGGUGUCGUUGUCGGAACUCCUGAAGCUCGGGUGGAACGAGGCCCAGAACCAGGCAGAUCCUGCGGCUAACGCUUCUGGGCGGACGCGGACGUGGAACCAGAAGGAGUCGUCACAGCUUUGGAUAAGCCAUGCCGAGGCCAAGUUGGGCUACGCAGACUGCCUCGGGUGGUCUUCCCGCGGAGGUUCGGAGCCGUUGCCAUACGACGACUCGAGCCUUGCGCAGGUGGCGUGGGUCCGCAGUUCGGAAGGCCUGCCGGAUGCCGUGGAACUCUUUGUGAAGAGACCCGGCCUGGAUCCGCUGACAUCGGCCACGCGAAAGGAUCUGCACAUAGACUGGACGGGACUGGAAAGAAGGACCUACUCUGUGCGACUCCUCUACAACGAGGUUCAAGCGCCAAGCCCCAAAGCUCUUGAUGCGAUCGCAGAACGAGCCCCUGUGGUCGAAGGUGGAAAUCCUGCUUGUUGGCGUGGCGGCUUCACCUUCGAGCGUUGCUGCCGGGACUCGGACGACUCGUGCUGGGAUUCCUCGUUUACCUUCGAUCGGUGUUGCAGCCUGACAGCUGUGAAGCGCUAUGCGGACUUCAACUUCGAGCCGCCCCAGAAGCUGCACUACGAGCUGUUCCACCUCGAGCGUGACAACAAGCCUAGGCUUGGACCCGUGCAGGAUGACGAAGCACUCCUGCUCUACAGCCUGGUUCGUGCGUUGCGUCCUCGAACAAUCGUAGAGUUUGGAACUUCCAAUGGUUUUAGCGCGCUGAACUGGAUGCAUGCAAUUGCAGAGGAUCCAGAUGCUCGGGUCUUCAGCUACGACAUCCUUCCGUACCCCGCAGCGCGAGCGCUGGAGGACUCCGACCCGCGUUUCUUCUUCCACCAGAAGAGUCAGGCCGACUUUGAGCCAGCAGACGUAGAUGGUCGGCCGAUAGACGUGGCUUUUUUCGAUGCUGGCCACCUCAUCGAGUACAGCUUGAAAGCUUUCGAGCGGCUGCAUCCAGCUCUGGCUCCGAAUGCCUUGGUCGCUGUGCACGACACGGGUUUGCACGUCCGGGACUUCGGCUCUGGUGCACCGCCAGAGGAAGAGGGGCUGCCCUUCAGCGAGGAGAGCUGCGCCCUGCGCCCUGGAGGGGCAGCCCGUUGCACGGAGCCCAAAGUGGACCAGUGGAUUGGAGAAGAUCAGUCAUUCAUAAGGAAGCUGCGAGUGAUCUCAAAGUUCGGACUGCCGGAUCAGUUCAUAUUGGAUGCCUGCAUGUGGUUGGAGAUGGUUCUUGGCGGCCAUGAUAUCCACGAAUCCAUGGCCCAGCACUGGUGGGUGUUGUGCGCCAUGGUCCUGUUGUGGAGGCUCGGAAGCUGCCGAGGCUUCGCUGUGCGCGGCCCUUCAGGCAAGUCCCUCAGAGGCUCGAGGAAGGGAGCCGGACUGAGGUUUUCGGUCCUGGCGCAGCAGCUGGAAAAGGUGGCUGCUGCAACAGGAAAAGGCAGCGCAGACCGGAAGGUCGAGCUUCUCAAGGAGCUGUUCGAUAAAUCGCCUUUGGCAGACACCAAAGCAUUGCUACAUCUGCUGCUAACUCGGUGGGGGCUUCACGGCUCGGCCCAGCUGCGAGUGGGGUCAGCAGUGUUGCAGGCGGCAGUUGCAGACAUGCAGCUCAGUACCGAAUCUGCUGAGGACACCUUGGCAAAGUGGCUAGCCACCGGGGAGGUGGCCGACAUCGGAGAGGGCUGGCAAAGGCUUCUUGAACAAGAGCCUCGCAAAAAGAGCGGCCGGGCCAAAUUCGAGGACUUCACUGUGCAACAGGCUUGGGAAGAGAUGAAGAAGUUCACCGAGAUCGAGGACAAGGGAGCCGUAGCCCGGCGGGCGGCUCUGGUGGCGAGCCUGGCGAAUGGCUGCGGCCGCAAGUGUCCGGCUGGUGCAAAGUAUGCCUGCCGAAUGCUGCAGAAAGGAAAGAGCCUUGGCAUCGGGGCCUCGGAUAAGACUGUGGCUCUGGCGUUUUCGCAGCAUGCACAUCUUCCCGAUGGUGGAAGGUUCCUGGAGAUCCUUGAACUGAACCCUGAUAUCGACGCAGCAGUGGACAACAUAAAAAACGGCAGUGCCGUGGGGAUGGGUGCGCCAAAGAGCAGUGCCCGCGCCGCUCACCUGUGGUGGCCGAUCUCACCCUCCACGGCAAAACCGGCAAGGGGCAUCGACGAGGUCCUGGCCAUAGUCAGCAAAAAGGGCGCCCCAUCGGGCUGGAGGGCGGAGUGGAAGUACGACGGCGAAAGGUUGCAGAUCCACGCCGAACAACGGCGAAAGAUGAUCCGCUUCGAGUUGUUCUCCAGAAACUUGAAGAACAUCACCGCCCGCUUCCCGGAGAUUGCAGAGAGCCUGAGGGGCUGUCCCUUCAAGAGCAUCAUCCUCGAUGCAGAAGUUGUGGCGGUUGAUGGCGACAAGAUCCUUCCGUUUCAGAUCCUGUCGCGACGGCCGCGGGAGGCCACACCGGACUCAAAGCGGUCGGAUGUUGCCUUCUUUGCUUUCGACUGCUUGUUCCUGGACGGCGAAUCGCUGUUGCGACAGCCGCUGGCGAAGAGACUUGAACUGAUGCACCGAGCAGUCACGCCUGCCAAAGCGAGCAGCCGCUUAAAGUUUGCAGAGGGCACAGGCUUCCGAACCCAGAAGCAGCUGCAGGCGGCACUGGAUAUUGCCAUCAAGUCCUCGACAGAGGGCCUGAUGCUCAAGCAGCUGGAUGCUGAAUACAAGCCAGGAAUCCGGACCUCGACAUGGUUGAAGCUCAAGAAGGACUACCUGGACAGCGCGCUUAGUGAUGCCAUUGAUGCUGUGGUGGUUGGGGUCAAGCGUGGAAAAGGAAGGCGAAGCAGCGUCUAUGGAUCUUAUCUGCUGGCCGUGAGGCAGAGAGAUGAUGCAGAGGCCAACUACCAGACCUUGUGUGCGACUGGCACGGGCCUGACCGAUCAGGAGCUUCAGGACUACUACGACCUUUGCCGGCCGUUAGUCGGUGACGGCUGCACCGUGCCUGCGCGAUUGCAGACUUCCUGGUCUGGCGCCAUGCUCUCCGAGUGGCAGUGGAUCUCCGACAUCUCCAAGGCUCCUGUGAUGGAGAUAACUGGAGCUGAUCUGACAGUCUCUCGCAUGCAUUCCUGUGCUGCUGGACGCCUGCGGGGCAUCGGUGCAGUGAAGGAGAGCGGUCUGGCUCUUCGCUUUCCACGCGUCCUGAGAGUGCGAGCUGCAGAUGACAAAACCGCGGCGCAGGCGACGACAGCAGAGCAAGUGCUCGACAUGUACAAGAAGCAGCCAGGGGCGACUGCUGGUACAACAAAGCGUGGAAGGAAAAGGUUAUUCACGGGUGAGUUGCAGAGAUUGAAGUAUAAGUAG